GGCGGCCGGGCCGCCUCCAGCGUCGCCGCCAUGGACCUAGGUGGGUGUCCGGCUCCCCGGCCCGGGUCCGAGAGGGCCUGGGCUGAGGGAAAACUCCGCGUCGGGGCGAAGUGUGGAGGGCGGGGGGGGCCCGGCCCCGGCCCACGCCGCCGCGCUCCGCGACCCGCCUCUGGGCCCGUCUCCACGUGAAGGGCGGAGCGGAUGUGCAGUUGGAUGUCCUCAAGGCCAGCGCGCUUCAGGCGCGUCCUUUGGAAAAUGCCGGGCUCCGGGCACGCCCCCGGGAGCCCCGGCCGUCCCGGCGAACUCUUAGGGACUCGCCACCAAGACGCUGGAGCCAGUGUCUGCCGUGCCCGUGCAGUCCUCAUCGGUAAAACGGGCACGGAGCUGUGCCCAUUAGUGUGUGCCAUCACGUGUGUACAGCCCUGGGUACAGUGCCUGGCGCUCACGACCUCAGGUUUAGCAGCUGGGAGGCACGAGAAAGCAAUUGACAUACUCCGAGCAUGGUCCGGGGUGGAUUGAGGACCCUUGAAUAUCUGUGAAGAAAUGACAAUACUGCAUGGGGGCUUCUUGCUGGCUCAGCAGCUGUUCCACCCUAAAGUCCUGACCGAACUGACCAAAUCAGACUGGCAGAGCAUUGGGCGGCCAAUUGUGGAGGCCUUGAGGGAGAUCUCGGCCACAGCAGAUUCACAGUCAUUUUGCUGGAAGAAAAAGGCUCUAAUUGUCAUCUGGACCAAGGUUCUUCAGCCCUCCCCUGCCAGCCCUUCCGACACCGAAACUCGCUGGCAGGAAGAUGUAUUCUUCUCAGUGGGCAACAUGAUCCCGACCAUCAACCACACGGUCCUUUUUGAGCUGCUCAAAUCCUUGGAAGCUUCCGGACUCUUUAUCCAGCUCCUGAUGGCCCUGCCCAACACCAUCUGCCGCUCAGAGCUGGAGCACUUUCUGGAGCACAUGAGCAUUGACACUUCUUCACAGGAUGUGGCCUUCUUCCUCAAUGUCUGGUGGGAGAUGAUGAAGCACAAGGGCAACCAGCAGGACCCCCUGCUCUCCCAGUUUCGGACCAUGGCCCAUCAAUACGCCUCAGCAGCCGAUGAGUUCUCCCACCCGCCAAAGAGGUUUAAGUCGGACCCAGAUGUGAGUCCCAUCAUGCCCUUGCUGGCCAUGCUGCUCAGCGGUCUGAAGCGAAUCCAGAGCAGCAUCCUGUGCCCCAGGAUGAAGUGCUGCGCCCUGGCCAACCUGGCUGACAUGCUCACCGUCUUUGCCCUGAUGGAGGACGACCCCCAGGAAGUGUCUGCCACUGUCUAUCUAGACAAACUGGCCACAGUGAUCUCCGUGUGGAACUCGGACACGCAGAACCCAUACCACCAGCAGGCGCUGGUGGAUAAGGUGAAGGAGGCAGAGCGGGACGUCAGCCGCACCUCUCUGGCCAAGCUCCCAAACGAGACCGUCUUCAUGGGGUUCGAGUUCCUGCGCAGCCUGCUGGGGGAGUGGGGGGAUGAGCUGCAGGCCCUGCUCGACAGCAGCCAGGGCACCAGCUAUGACAGCUACCGGCUCUGCGACAGUCUCACUUCCUUCAGCCAGAACCUGAAGCUGUACCUGGACAACACCUCCUUGUCCAAGGAGGAGCGGCAAGUGGUCUCAGAGCUGGCCGAGUGUGUGGCGGACUUCCUGAAGAAAACAGCCACGGCCCUGAAGCACAAAGGCUUCGAGAAGGAUAUCACGGCCGCCAUCGCCAUGGCCAUAAUCGAGCAGAAGAUGGACCGGCACAUGGAAGUGUGCUACAUUUUUGCUUCGGAGAAGAAAUGGGCCUUCUCCCCCGAGUGGCUGACCUGCCUCGUGAACAACCAGGCCCUCUUCCAAGAGCCAGCGCUGGUGCUGAUGCUGCUGGAGACAGUGAUCGAGGUCAACAUGGCAGACCGAGCCAUCCCCGAAUCUCAGGUCAAGCAAGUGAUCACCUUGAUUCUGGACUGUUAUGCCAACCUGUCGCUGCCUGAUAAAAAUAAAGUCCUCUCUGGCGUCCUUUCUUCCUGGGGGUGGGAGGGGCUCUCUGCAAAGUUGUCGGCUUACUUGGAGGGGUUUCAGGACGACCUCAAUAUGACUUUUAACCAGCUUGUACAGAGCCCCUCCGAGCAAGGCUUGACCAAAGCGGUAGCAUCCGUGGCCCGCCUGAUGAUUCUGAACCCAGAGGUGACGGUGAAGAAGAUGUGUGUCAUGGCUGUCAGCCAUCUCGGUGCCCACAGGUUCCUGGCCCAGAUUCUCACCUCCUUCCCUGCGCUCAAGUGCUUGCACGAGCAGGCUGUGAGUCUGGACUCCACACUCGUGCUGUCGUGCCUCAAAGAAGCCGUCUGGGGGAAGCUGGCAACACCCAAGGAAGAAAAGCAGUUCUUGGAGCUCCUAAACUGCCUGAUGAACCCCGUGAAGCCACAGGGGAUUCCUGUGGCUGCUCUCCUGGAGCCAGAUGAGGUGCUGAAGGCAUUCGUCCUGCCUUUCUUGAUGCUCGAUGUCAAAGAGGUGGAGCUGAGCGUGAAGAUCUUCAUCCAGAGCCUAGAAGCCAACGCAUGCCUAGAGGAAUACUGGCUCCAGACCUGCUCCCCAUUUCCCCUCAUCUUCAGCGUCUGCCAGCUCCUGGAUGGCUUUAGCAAAUACUGGCAGCUGCCCAAGGAGAAGCGGUGCCUCUCCCUGGACGGGAAGGAUCAGGUGAUCCAUAUCCUGGAUCUCCUCUGUGAGGCUGUCUUGGCUAACGUUGAGACCAUCCCUCCCGACACCUGGACCAAGUCGCUGUCGUGGCUCCACCGGAAGCUCGAGCAGCUGGACUGGACCGUGGGUCUAAGACUGAAGAAUUUCUUUGAGGGCCACUUUAAGUGUGAAGUGCCAGCCACACUCUUUGAGAUCUGUAAGCUCUCUGAGGACGAGUGGACCUCACAGGCCCACCCGGGCUACGGGCCUGGCACCGGGCUGCUGGCCUGGAUGGAAUGUUGCUCCAUCUCCAAGGGCAUCUCGGAGCAGAUGCUCUCUCUCUUGGUGAUGGAUUUGGGCAACCCCGAGGAGGUCAGACUGUUCAGCAAGGGCUUCCUGGUGGCCCUGGUGCAGCUGCUGCCGUGGUGCAGCACCCAGGAGUGGCAGUGCCUUCACCAGCUGACCCGGAGGCUGUUGGAGAAGCAGCUCCUGCACGUCCCGUACAGCCUGGAAUAUAUUCAGUUUGUUCCUCUCCUCAACCUGAAGCCGUUUGCCCAGGAGCUGCAGCUCUCCGUUCUCUUCCUGAGAACCUUUCAGUUUCUCUGCAGCCAGAGUUGUCGCAAUUGGCUUCCCUUGGAUGGCUGGUGCCAUGUGGUCAAACUCCUUUGUGGCAGCCUGACCAACCUCCUGGACACCAUCAGGUCGAUACAGUCUGCUGGCCCCUGGGCCCAGGGACAGGAACACGACCUGACCCAGGAAAGCCUCUUUGUUUACACGCAGGUGUUCUGUCAUGUAUUGCACAUUAUGGCCAUGCUCCACCAAGAAGUGUGCGACCCCCUCUAUGUGUUGGCCUUAGAAAUCCUCACCUGCUACGAAACCCUGAGCAAGACCAACCCUUCCGCGAGCUCCGUGUUCCAGAAGGCCAAUGAGCAGCGCUUCUUAAAGUCCAUCGCAGAGAACAUUAGCCCAGAGGAGCGGCGCCAAACUCUGCUGCAGAAGAUCAGCAGCUUCUGACCUCUGCAGGCCAGAACCCAGCGGGGCCUCAACUUGGCAGGCCCCGCGGGGGCAUAAGCUAAGCAGCUCAGACUUUUAGUCUCGUGAACUUGGAUACAAGCUAAAACACCGACAGCAAUAACUGUAAAAAAAAUUAGUUUCUUAGGUAUUUGUUAUAUACAGAGCAUAAUAAAAUUCUCUCGCGUUUCCACUUGUGUCUCGAGUUCAUCAGCCAUGCUAUGGGCUUAGAUGCACUUGAAACUGGGCUCAGCCCAAGUCAAGGUGGAAGACAGGUUUGUAACUGGACUUCACCCUCGAACUUGGCAAAUGAAACCACCCAAGUGGGCAAGUCACAGGGAUGUCCGUGGGCAAAUCACAGGGAGCGACUGUGUAUUCUACACUGAUAACCUCUUCAUAGGGCAUUCUGCAGUACCUUCAAAGGGGCAUCAACUGUGCCAAGAUUUCUAUUUGGUCACCAGUGGGCAGUGAGACAGUAUCUCUCUGUAAAAUAGGACUAGUUCAAGAAAAUAAAAUGUUAGAGGGGUAUGUGCUUAAUUGGUAUCAGACACACUGGUGAUGGGUGUGGGGUUGGAACGAUGUAUAAGAAGUAUAAUAGUAUUGUAAGUCCUGGUACCUCAAUAAAAAUGAUUAAAAAAAUUUUAAGGUAUCUUCUGAAUGACAGGAUUCUGCCAGGAUUAGUUUUGCUUUAUUUGGGGAGGGAGGGUCUGCUCGUAUGCGAAAAAAAAAAAAAAAAUCUUAACAUGGUAUGCAUGGAUCAUGUGGCAGUAAUACUCCACUGAUCUAUAUAUUAUACUGUCCUCUUCUUUUUGGGGGGUCGGGGGCAGACUUGGUGACACUCAAGGGUUACUUCUGGCUCUGCACUCAGGAAUCAUGCCGGUGGUGGUGCUUGGGGUUCAUAGGGGGAUGGGGAUUGAACCUGGGUUGGCCUUAUGCAAGGCAAGUGCCCUCCCGCUGUACUAUCACUCCAGCCCCUGCCAUACAGACUGAACUGUAAACUUGGGCUGAACUCAAGAUCUAGUAAAUGGCAGAGCUGUGUUUAAAAUCUGGGUUUUUCUGCCAGAGGUGAGUUCUGGUUUUUAAGAAUGAGUGGGAAUGGAGUAUAUUGAAGCACAGAAAUGGGACUUUUAAGAGGUCCAGGGUACAAGACAACUUUAACACUGGGUGGCAAGAAAGGGGCAGGGAAAAUGAAUGCCUCUUACCCAAGGGGCAUGAGUCUCCCUUUCCUACGGUGGACUGGCCCUGUGACAAGAGAUUGGUUUCUACAGUCCUAAUGGAAAAGAGUUCUAGGAACACUGCAGUGGAACCCCAAGAGCCUGCUGUGUCUGGAACCAUCAGGCAUCAAAGCAGUGGUUUGCAACCACGUCUCCUGAGGGUCCAACUAUUUCCUGUCCACCAAAAAAAUGCUGCUGUUUAACGUGGUGUGCCUGGAUCAUGUUAGCAGUACUUAUUCUAAAUACUGAUCUAUAGAUAUUUAUAUUCUAGUGUCCUCUAUUUUUUUGAGCCACACCUGGUAAUGCUCAGGGUUUAUUCCUGCUGCACUCAGGAAUCACUCCUGCUGGUGCUUGGAGGAACCAUAUGGGAUGCCAGGGUUUGAGCCUGGGUUGGCCAUGUGCAAGGCAAGUGCCCUAUUGCUGUGCUAUCUCUCUGGCCCUUCUUGUUUCUGCCCCAGCUUUUCAUGACAUAGUUCUUUUCACUGGGCUGGAGUGAUAGCACAGUGGGUAGGGCGUUUGCCUUGCACAUGGCCGACCCGGGUUCGAUUCCUUCACCCCUCUGGGAGAGCCUGGCAAGCUACCCAUGGCGUAUUCAAUAUGCCAAAAACAGUAACGUCUCAACAAUGGAGACGUUACUGGUGCCUGCUUGAGCAAAUCAAUGAGCAACAGGAUGACAGUGACAGUGACAGUUCUUUUCACUGAUCCUCAAGUGUAAAAGGCUGCAAACCACUAUUAGAGGAAGGUAUGUACCAGCUGAAUGCAUGAACAUCUGUGCCCGCCCGACAUCCAGAAUGAACAUGUCAGAAGUAACCACAGU